UGAACUACAGGAGCGGAAGCCCGUGCGCCUCCGUUAUGUGCGGCACAGUAACUGUUCCGGGUUUCUCAGCUCGCCGCUCUCCCUCCGUCCAGCUCUUGUCUGAAUAAUUACUUUCACUGGUUGUCUGUCGUCUCUUUUUUUGUGACCAAAAUGCCUUUAAAGUUUGAGCUGUGUCCCGGCAGAAUGAUCGGAGGUAACCACCCGUGCUUCAUCAUCGCUGAGAUUGGACAAAACCACCAGGGAGACAUUGAGAUAGCCAAGAAAAUGAUCAAAAUGGCAAAGGACUGCGGUGCUGAUUGUGCCAAAUUCCAGAAGAGUGAAUUAGAGUACAAAUUUAACAAGCGAGCCCUGGAGCGUCCGUACACUUCUCAACACUCAUGGGGGAAAACUUACGGUGAACACAAGCGCCAUCUGGAGUUGAGCCAUGAGCAGUACAGGGAACUGCAGAAAUAUGCCGAAGAGGUGGGGAUCUUCUUCACUGCCUCUGGGAUGGAUGAGAUGGCAGUGGAGUUCCUCCAUGAGCUCAAUGUGCCUUUCUUCAAAGUGGGCUCUGGAGACACUAACAACUUCCCCUAUCUGGAGAAGACCGCCAAGAAAGGACGCCCCAUGGUGGUGUCCAGUGGGAUGCAGUCGAUGGAAACGAUGCGUCGGGUCUACAAAACCGUGAAGGAGCACAACCAGAACUUUACCAUCCUGCAGUGCACCAGCGCCUACCCUCUGGAAGCUGAAGACGUCAACCUCAGAGUGAUAUCGGAAUACCAGAAAGAAUUCCCAGAUAUUCCCAUUGGGUAUUCCGGCCACGAGUCUGGGAUCAGUAUUUCAGUUGCGGCCGUAGCUCUGGGAGCAAAGGUCAUUGAGCGUCAUGUAACCUUGGACAAAACGUGGAAAGGAAACGACCACAGUGCCUCGCUCGAGCCCUCUGAGCUAACCGAGCUGGUUCGUUCCAUCCGUCUGGUGGAGAGGGCGCUGGGGAGCGGCAUCAAGAGGAUGUUACCGUGUGAGAAGCCAUGCCAUGAUAAGUUGGGUAAGUCGGUGGUUGCCAAGGUCAAGAUCCCCGGAGGAACUGUCCUGACUCUGGACAUGUUGACGGUGAAAGUGGCCGAUCCUAUGGGUGUUGCAGCUGAGGACAUCUUCGAACUGGUUGGCAAGACCGUCACGGAAGAUGUGGAGGAGGACGAGAGUGUCACACCAGAGGUGGUGGACAGUUAUGGCAAGAAGGCCAAGUGCUGAGGGUGGUAGAGUUUUGAAAUGUGUAAUAAAAAAAUAAAAUAAAAAAAAGGCACUUAAUUUGAGAGGAGAUUUAAUCCUUUCCUCUGCGAGUAAAUCGGAAGCCACUUAAUAUGAAUGUGAUGGUAAUUUUGUUUACUGGGAUUUGUGACGUUGAAGUCAUAGACGAACACAACGUACUACAUAACUGGACAGUGCAUUGGUUUGAUUAAACUCAUUGGUUCUCCUUUGCCAAAGCAUUUAAAUUUUUCUAAAAGUUGACUUAAUGGAAUAUACAAACUUGUACUUUUCUUGCACCGUCAAGCUGUCAAGUUUGUGGUGUGAGACGAGGUUUGUACUUGUAGAGCUUCUUUGAGAGAAGCAAAAUGAGACUACUGGAGCCAGAUGCAUAAAACUUGAAUUCAACCAUAAGAGGAAAUCUGUCUGCACUGGACAUCCAUUCAUCCAUUUGGCUUGAUUCUCACAAUUAUCCUCUGUUAUAGUCAUAAACCAGACUCUUAGUCUUUGCCACCAACUGUGUCCUCUAAUUCUGCUUUCAUGAUGACGGAUGUUAAGACACAUUCCUAAAUGUUAACAUGUGGAAAUCUGCUGAAAAUGGUGUGAAAAUACGAAGCCUCCAAAUAAAAUAUUGCCCAAACUC